AUGGCCGCACCUUUCGAGGCUGUCCACCCGGAGUCCGAUGCAGAGGCGAAGACCUCUCCCCCGAGCUCCCGUGGCUGGAUGAAGAAGACAGCAAUUGUGGUAACGCUGGGCCUGGGCGUCGUGGCUUUCCUGGCCAUGCCGGGUGCAAAGAAGUGUCAAUCCUUGGAUUUCGGUGCCUUCCAGGGAAAGUCCUCCUUGGGCGUGGAUGCGCAGAUGGCCCUGAAGGCCGACGCUCUGAAGAGCGUGAAGAAGCGCUCCCUGGCGGAGAAGAUCGUCAUGAAGGCCAUGAGGAGCACUGGCCACAAGUAUUCUCAGCACUACGAGCAGCAUGAGGUGCGGUCUUUGCCAGCAGAUCCGGCGGAUGCCGCGCGACAGAUGCUGACCAAGGACGAGAUCAUCGCCUAUAAGAAGCAGAAGAAUGCAGACCGCAUGCGCAAGGCCACCAACGCCUACUGUGCUUUCAACGUUCUGGAGGCUUUUGUGUCGGUGGUUGGCAUGGGCGACGACAUCAACGCCAUCAUCAGGACCUGCCCUGCUCCCCGAGAUGGCGAGUCGGAGCUCGCAUGCCAAGUGAACGGUGCCAUUUUGGUGACCUGGGUGGCCAAUGCUGCGGCGAAGCUCUCUUACGCCGCCUCGAACUGCGCCCUCAAUCUCAAUGUGGAUGCAGUGUGUUCCGUUGGUGUGACCGGCCUUGUCUCCGUGAUGGGUGAGCUGGCAGCGACCGCUUCCCUGGCUGCGGCCACGUGCACGGGGGUCCCGCCGCAGCUGACCACCAGCAAGAUCAGCGUCCUCGGCGACCAGACCGUGCGGGAUGGACGACGACUGCUCAUCGGUGAGGGUCCGAUUGGCGUGGGCGUGCAGUGCGGGGUUGACGUCGGCAUGGUGGUCGCCAACCUUGCCAACAUGGGCCUUUCCAUCAACUCGGCGGUGAACAGCGGCCAAUGCGGCCGCGUCAACCUCGACGGGCCCAUCAACAAGGUCUCCGGCCUCUACAGCGCACUGUGUACGGUGGACAUCGGCGGUGCGAUCGCCUACAUGAGCCAGGUGGUCACAUUCAUCAACUUGAUUGUGGUCCAUUGCCAGGACUUCUUGGACGUGAGCGCGCUCUGUGGCGCAAGCAUCUCCGGCAUCAUCACCGCUGCGGCCGCCAUGGCCCCUUAUGGUGCCGCGGUGCACGCGGCCUGCGCCAAGGGCAGCAUCCUCAAGAACCCCAAGAAGGCGGAGGCGAUCAGCAGCCUCUACACGGUGCCCACGCCCCGCCGCUUGGAGGAGCUGAAGCAGCUGAAUGCGGUCAAGGAUGCCAUGGCCAACCUCAAGGACCUCCGACAGCAGUUGGAGGCCAAGCUUGGCUUCAAUGCUUCGGUGCCGACCAUGUACUCCGAGGCGAACAUGGAGCAGAUGAUCCAACUCAUGGACGACGGAGUGGGCGACAACUCCGAGAAGUCCAUGCGCGGGUCCCCGGUCUUCUCCGAGGAAGAGUGCGACGAGUAG